CUUCUGUCUGUUUGGCUAAAUAACCUUUUGGUAUUUUAGCUGAUGUUAGUUCGUGAUGAAAACCCUAGGUUUAUCUCUUAACUAUAACCAUCAACGCCUUAGUAAAUUGACAUUUUCAAGGUCAUCUUAGCGUCGCUCAAAAUCGUUCGUAAAUUUUAAACUCACCGGUUGCUGUUGGUUUUGUUAGACUUAAGUACCAAGUGUUUAAAGAAUGGUCAAGCACUUACUCAUUAGAGAUAAAGUAAACAAAACUCAAGUUCCUCAAUACUUUUUAAAGAAAUUAUAAUCUGUCAAAUUUUGAAUCGUCGAAAUGUCUGUACGGAGAAUUGCUUUUGUCGCCCUGAUAUAUAUGAGUUUUUCUAUUUCUAUCAUUUUUUCAAACAAAUUAGUUCUGACUACUUUCAAAUUUCCUUCAUAUCUGUUGCUGGCAUUAAUUCAGACUCUGUUUACUUUCAUACUAAUACAAACUCUAUGUUCAUAUCGCAUCCGAUCAGAUGAUUUCACAGAAGUUCCUAUUAAGAUUUUACCGCUGUCCAUUUUUUCUGCAGUUGACAUUGUUAUGGGCAUUGCCGGUACAGGAAGCCUCAGUUUACCUUUGUUUACAGCUUUGCGAAGGAUUUCUAAUGUUCUCAUUAUGGUUGGUGAAUAUCUUUUAUUAGGGACUAAAAGAAGUAUUCCUAUUUACUUGUCAGUCAUUGUUAUGGUUAUCGGAGCAGUAAUCGCCGCCAUUGGUGAUAUUACUUUUGACCCUAUUGGAUAUACAUAUAUUUUAAUUAACAAUAUUUCAACAACUGGGAAAGCACUUUUAACAAAAUCCAGACUUAGAGAUUAUGAUUUUUCAAGCGUUGAGUUGUUAUACUUUAAUUCAUUAUUAAUGCUGCCGAUUCUCUUCAUUUUGGUAUAUGUACAAUGUGACUUUACAGAGAUCAUCCAAUUUGAACAUUGGCUAAAUCCUCUAUUUUUAUUGUAUUUUAUUUUCUCCUGUUGUUCUGCUGUGGCAUUAAACUAUACUCUUAUUCAAUGUACUCAAUAUACUUCUGCAUUAACAACUAGCAUUUUAGGUGUCAUUAAAAACAUAUUGGUAACCUAUGGUGGGAUGUUUGUUGGUGGUGACUAUGUGUAUACGACCCUAAAUUUCACUGGUCUUACUGUAAGUACUAUUGGAGCAGUCUUAUAUGUUGUUUACAACUACAAAUCCACACAAUCAAAAAGUUUACCAACCAAAUCAAAAACUUUAAUUGGUUAGUGGAAAGUCGCUAUGUAUAUAUUUAUGCCAUUAGAGUGGAAGAUUGUUUUAUUGUUAAACUCUGUUCUAUUUUCAAAAAAAAAUGAAUGUAGUGAUAAUGACAAUAUGUCAUUUAGGAAAUUUAUUCCGUUUUAAUUUAAUUUACAAUAACUGGAUGCUUUAAAAAUUAUCUCCUCUUAUUACCAUGUGUUUUCUUUGGUGGGGGGGGGUACGAUAACAUCGAAUGUUUCAUUAAGAAAAUAGUAUUAUUAAUCAUUAGUUCAAUUCCUUAUAGAAGAAGAAAGAACUUGAUCAUUAACAAGUAGUUAGAUUUGAUUAUGGUAUUCUUUAAAUGAAACAUUCGUACUUGUGUAAUUAUUAACGUUAAAUAUUCAAUUAAUAAUAUCAAAAUUCCAAGCUUAUCAACUCGUUAAUGCUUCUAUUUCAAAGAUUCAUGUCUAACAC